AUGGCUGCUGGCUCCAAGGUUUUCUCCCUCGAGGGCAAGGCCCUCAAACUCGACACCGCCCAGGACCUCGAGGCUCACAUCGCGCCUCUCCGCGCCUCAGAAGAUGUCGAGGAGGUCCGCAUUCUCGGAAACACCCUCGGUGUAGAGGCAUGCAAGCUCCUCGGCGAGGUCCUUGCCACCAAGAAGACUCUCAAGAUCGCCAACCUCGCAGACAUCUUCACCGGCCGGUUGCUCAGUGAGAUUCCGGACGCGCUCGACUCGCUGCUGACGUCACUGCUCAACCUGCCGAACCUGCACACCGUCAACCUCAACGACAACGCCUUUGGCAUCAACACGGUCAAGCCCCUCCUGCCGUUCCUCUCGAGCCACGUGCCCCUGCAGCACCUGUACCUCAACAACAACGGCCUGGGCCCGCACGCGGGCAUCCUCGUCGCCGACGCCCUGUCCGAGCUCCACGGCAAGAAGGAGGCCGCCCGCAAGGCCGGCCAGGCGGUGCCGGACCUCGAGACCGUCAUCUGCGGCCGCAACCGGCUCGAGAACGGCAGCAUGACGGCCUGGGCAAAGGCGUACAGCCUGCACGCCAACAUCCGCGAGAUCAAGAUGGUCCAGAACGGCAUCAGGCAGGAGGGCAUCUCGCACCUGCUCAGCGAAGGGCUCAACCACUGCAAGCAACUCCGCGUGCUCGACCUGCAGGACAACACAUUCACCAUCACCGGCGCCAAGGCCCUCGCCAAGGUCGCCCCCCUGUGGACCGAGAUCACGGAGCUCGGCGUCGGCGACUCCCUGCUCGGCGCCAAGGGCGGCGUGCUCGUCGCAAAGGCCCUCGCCAAGGGCGAGAACAAGAAGCUCGAGAUCCUCCGGCUGCAGUACAACGAGAUCACGGCCGCCGGCGUCAAGGGCUUCGCCGAGGCCGCCGAGCAAGGGCUCCCCGCGCUCAAGAAGAUUGAGCUCAACGGCAACAAGUUCACCGAGGACGACGAGGGCAUCCUUGCCCUGCAGGAGCUGCUAGGCGACCGCAAGGAGAAGCUCGGCGGAGACGUCGUGGACGAGGAUGCGUGGGGCGUCGAUAGCCUGAGCGACCUCGAGGAGCUCGAUUCCGACGAGGAGGAGGAGGAGGAAGAGGAUGACGAUGACGACGAGAAGGACGACAUCAAGCCCGAGGUCAGGGCGCAGAAGCUCGUCAAGGAGGCCGAAGAAGCGCAGGAGGAGCCGACAGUGCAGCUCAAGGACAAGGACGUCGAUGCGCUGGCCGACAAGCUCGGCAAGACGCAGAUCUAA